UUGUGCAUCAUCGGCAGCAAUGCACUUAGGUUUCUAUUACUAUUAGGAAACAGCUUGUCUAGUUUUCAUUCUUUUACUGGAUAUUCUCUCGGUUUGAAGCCAUUUAUUUUGUUUUGUAUGCACGCUGGAUAAAUCGCAACCACUACACAACGCCAAGUAUGGAUGACCUGUGGGGAGACGACGAUCUAGAUGCCGAUGUCGUAGAAGAAUGUGUAUUGCUUGCCACUCAAGCAAGUUAUUGUUCCUCCCCCAAGCCCCAGCCUCACCGUCAACAGCAUAAUUUCAUUGAUAAUAAACCAAAGUAUGGAUUUGAAUUCAAACAACCAAGUAGUAGCCAUCAGCUUCAAACUCAUGUAACAAACCAGAAGACUGCAACCCUGGCACAUACAUCUGUACCUGCUACAGAAUCAAGUCUCAAUAGCAGCAGUAAUGUGGCAGCCAAAUUAGUGGAUGUAGCUGAACUAGAGCUACUGAAAGAAGAAAAUCGAAGACUAUCUGAAACAAAUCUUAUGAAAAAUGGGGAAACCACCAUAUUACGAACUGAUCUCCAAAAUGUUCGGGCAGCUAUGGAGAAAAGAGAAAUGGAAGUGUGUCAGCAGCUGGCCUCCUUAAAAGACAAAGUACAUCAUAUGGAUACACAAUAUUCAAAACAGCUUGAAGCAUCAAAGACAGAAAUGAAGUUCAAGGAAUUAGAGUUGGAGGAGUUACGUAACAAAUGCAAGAAGAUUGAACAAAGUGCUAAAGAGCACCAGAAGAGUAAAAGAAUUCCAACCUCUGCCCAAGAAUCACCUAAUAGAAGAAAAUUCCUAAACAGAUCCUCGUUUGAAAUGGCUAAAUACGAAGCGAAAACUGCUACAGCUGAAACAGGAAUUCAAACUGACCCUAUGAAACGAUUCCGUCUAGAUUCAACAGGCACUGAACGAAUAGAUAAUGCUACUGAUACUUCAAUUAUGAUCGAAAAUCUCAAAUUCAGCCUUCUGUCGUCCAUGUACAAUAACGGUAUUUCGUAUUCAACCGUUAUGGAACAGUUAAAACUACGAAUGAUUUCUGAUGGAAUCCAAGAAAAUUUGAUAGACCUAUUCCAUAGCAGUGAACCCGGUAUAGCCGAAAUGAUAUGCAGCAACUUAGAGCGGGUCAAAAACGCAGAUAUCCUGAAGUCAAAUAUAGAAUUUUUGUGUUGCUGGAUCACCCAUAUUUUGCCCUUCGUCGAAAAUCCAAAACAAGGCCGCCUUAUUGAGGUCCUUCUAUCGGAAAUUCGACGAACAUCUAUUAUCGAUAUGAUGAGUCUCUUGUCUGCCAUCAUAGCUCAGUUCGGCUUAGCUACGGUUUGUAACCGACAAACAGGUUGCCUUCUCGAGAAAACGGCUCUGAAUCUUAAAGACGCAUAUCUAUCUUUUAAUUCAGAAGAUCAAUUUCAGGCAGCCCAAAAGCUGGUUCUGACUAUUUCAACUAUGCUUGCUUCACCUUCAUCAGAAAAUUUGAAAAAAUGCUUAUGCAUUCCGCAUUUAUUGAAGUCACUUGUAUUCGUUGUUCAUCAUCAAACUGAAGUCGAUGGGCUCACAUCUCAUGCUGCAGAGCGGAGGCUGAAAAUUCUCGUCCAGGCUUUCAGAUUAUCACUUGGUAUUUUGAGCUCUCGCCGAGAGCCUUGGCUUACUUAUAAGCAUUCAUCAGCAGAGGUGAAUCGUUUGUAUACACUGCUAACAGCCAUCUCUGUCGAGUUUCAUGUACCAAAGGAAAUAAGUCAUGAAAUUAAUGUUUUGGCGUUUACUUUGCCUGGAUUUGGCCUCUAACUUCAGCUGAAUUCACCGUUCAAUAUUGGAUGCAUAUUCUGUUACCCAGCCUAUUACUUCAUAUGGUAUAAAUAUUUGUAUAGCGUGCCUCAUAUGUAAGUAUUUAUUAAUAACUUGUCAAGUCAUGACUGACUGAUAAUUUUUGAUUAAGAUUCUGUGGACAUGUCUCAAAUUUUGGAAUCUUGUCUUCAUUUGCACUAACCAUAUGAUUCCGACUGAUUACCAAAUGUGUCAGCAUUGUCCAUUUCCUGAAUUAAUUGAACAUCUGUACCAAAAAUGUUUUACUUUUCCCACUCAACAUAAGACAGCAAUAAUGAAAGAUAGAUU